ACGACAACCGUUAACCUGAGAUUCACGUGACUUUUGACAUACUGUUACAGCAUGAACAAGGCUGUUUACAGAGGAAGGCAUUUCUUGAACAAAUUCAACAACCUCUUUGGCACUGGAAGGUCUGUUGUCCUGGCACCAAACUUAUGCAGUGAAGACCUACAGGGUCAAAGACAAACCGUACGUAAGAAGUUUCUGUGCCUCGUAUAUAUUUGUAUUCCUUUCGAAGUCAAUGGCUCUAUUAAGCUAAAGUUUGCUUAUGAUCUCAGCUUGAUUAAAUUUAAUCAGUACGGUAGAAACGAGCACAUAAACCUACUAAAUCGCUUGCUUUUAUAUAAACCAGUGAGCACAAACAUGGCAAUCGUAAAAGAAAAAAAAAAUAGGGAAAUUAUUAAAAAUUGCGCUAGCUAAGAAAAACAUCAGAGAUGAACUACUUUGGUACUUGCUUAUGAGACUAUGAAAGUAUCGUGUUUUAACAAACAAAAUCACAGAGCUUCAUCACAGAACAGACAAGGCCGCCGCAGUACAUAAAAAAGUAAUUUAAGGUGGCAUUUCUUUUUCCUUUCACCUGACCAAAGUUAAUUCCGCUUGUUUUUUUCUGCUUUUCACCUUUUUGUUUUUGUUUUUGUUUAAAUAAAUUGCGUAAUAGAUCAACCACCAAAACGCAGAGCAAACCGAAGGGGGCGGAGGAGGGGCGUGUGCGCAAGAUGGCGACAGAAGCUGAACAAUUUUUGGAUUCGCACAAACGAUAUGUGCCCUGGUGCAAAUUUUUGAAAGAUAAUAUAAUAACCUUAUUAUUAUUAUUGGAUAUUCACGUUUUAAAUAGCCUUAAUUUGUAUUAAAGCUGCAUUCCGAUGCUCUCAAUGAUCGCUUUCAAUCAGAAAGUGCAAGGCAAUUUAUAAACUCCGCUGUGUAAAAACACUGCUGUCACAACUGGUCAUGGGUUCGUCGUGUCACAUGUCACAAGUAGACAGCAGUGGUAAAGAUUAUACUCUGGCCUUGCCAUAUGGAAAAGGCCUGACUUACAACAAUUUUUCGCUGUAAAACUGCACAGGUCAGAAACGGAAGGUUUUAGAAAGGUAAUGAUAAUUUGUGUAAAAUAUAUUCCUUGCUCCGCUUUGGUCAGGAGGCCGGAUGGGAAAUUUUUAUCCCGCCAAGUUUUCGUGGUUGAAUAUAUGUAAAUAUGUUCAAGCAGUACCAGUUGUGUCCUGAUGAGAGAGUAGAAACAUCCAUGUUUUGAAAUUUCACUUACUGAUGCGAGCUGAAUUUAAUAGUAGGUCUGUCCGGAAGCGCAUUAUUUUGAAUUAAUGCGCGCUAUUGCAUUCAAUACCCCUGGCUCAGCCAAGAAUUUCUGUUUUUGCCUUGAAACUGCUUUGAUUCAGAGGCCAAAUUUUUAUAGGCUCUCCCAGCCCCCAAUACAGCUUAAAGAGUUAGGCCUUUAAUUAUAGCAUUUUUUUGUUGCUUCUGCAGAGAAAAAUGAGUUCUAAACCAAUUUAUAAACCAGCUGACAGACUUCUUGGACAUGACAAGAAUGUAUGGUAUGUAUAUAAAGUAAGCGGCCACCCUCAGGGUACGGGCAAAUGGCCACUUCAUAGAGGUUGGCUGUUCAAUAGGGGCUCAUCGUAAAAAUCAGCAUAAUUUUACGCAGAAACUGAUCAUUUUUUUUUUUUUUAAACAAAUACGAGACACACGUGCUCAGCAUUACCACACCACAAUCAGCCCUGACCAUUAAUCGCGGACUGCAUUUUUCUUCAUCAUACAGUGAAACCUCAGUGUAACAAACCUCUAUAAUUUAAAACAAAGUCCUCAGUAUAACAAAUGAUUUUCUUUUCCCCAGGAAUAGUAAAAUAUGUAAAAAAGAACCUCCAUAUAAUGAAACCUUGCUGUAGCAAACAGAGUUUGCCAGUCCCCUGGGUCUUCGGUUUAUCGAGGUUCCACUAUAUUUUGAAAUAAAGUCAAACAACUGUAUGAGCAGAACAUUAAGUAAUUAUUGUGACUUGAUCAGUUACCUUUUCAUGUUACAGGGUGGAGUUCACUGCUUUAGCAAGGAAAUGCAAGGCAGUAAAUUUAGGGCAGGUGAGAAAUGGUUAAAUGGUAAUUAUUACCAACCCCCAUUCAACAGAGUUAAUUUAAGGAAAAUUAAACAUUUCCCUUUUACUAGACAAGAAUUACAGCGAGUCUGUAGGCAAUGAAAAUAGAUAUCAGCAUAUUGUGAGACAGUAAUACAGAUGGCUUUUGCACGAAGUCUUAGCCUACAUGUAGCCACACCCUCCCCCCGACAAAGGAAAAAUGGAAAAACAAACAUUUUUCAUUUGUUGGGGGGAGGGUGCGGCUACACGUAGGCUAAGAAAGGCUUUGCCAUUCAGUCAAGUUUCAUUUUGGUCCCCUACCAUAUGAUUGCUACAAGUUAUGUAAUAUUACUGUCAGUCUUACAUAUUUUAGACUUUCAACUUGAUGCUGAGAAAAUUAACAGCCUAGCUAGACAACCAUUAUACCUCACUUUGAUUGUUUUUGGACAGAGAACAACAUACUGGGACAUUACUCAAGUCAUACUUGUGGCUUGAAUUAACCUUAGUUUUAAACCCCAACAUCAAAAUUCAAAUUCUCAUUUGUUGUUUCUAUACAUUUCCUAUAGAAAUAGUGGGGAGAAAAUGUUGAAGUAUCAAUAAGAUUCACCUUCUGUGAUCAUGUCCUUAAUUUGUAUGACCUCUCUGUUUUAUAAAGCAUUGAUAUUACAUAGAGAAAUGUCAUGCUCUACACUCUUAGGGCCUGUAGCACCACUGGGUGAUUUUGAGCAAUGACACUAUAUAAUUAUGUAUAAAUGUGAGUUAGACAUCAACCUUUUUUUUUAAAGGGAUUUCCAGAUUUUGCUCCACCGCCCAUCAUUUCAGAGGCUCUUGGAAAAGUUGCGUCAAGUAGUGAUAUCUCUGUUAACCAAUACACAAGAAGUCAGGUGUGUGAUUGUAAUUAAUAUUUAAUGACAUUGUGCUUUCUUUAUCCUGUGCCUUGUUUGGUGUUUGCAGUCUAACUAAACUGUGUUGUAGUUGCAGCUAGAGACAGGCGUGUACCUUAAUUUUGUACUGAACAGCAAGCUUAUUAUUUUUCCGUGACCCUCAAUGUUCCCCUCAGCUUGACAUUUCAAGGUUCUAGCAGAAACAGAGCUAAUUACUAUUUUCCUUGGGUCAGCCAGCAGCUGCCAGUUAAUAUCAGUAUUAUACAUUGUAGUCACCAUCUGUCUUCUCAUUGGCUAAAAGCCUACAGUUAAUUCUGGGAAACAGUGCAACCUACAGAUUAUUCACUAAUCUGUACCUACAGAUUGCAAUGCAUGAUUUCCAAGAGCAAUCUCAAGUGUACGGACAGCAAUGUCAAGUUCGUGGACAGCGAAGUAAGAAUGGCUUCUCGAUUCGCUUCAUCGACCCAGCAAGAAAUUGAGAAAUUACUUGAAGAUAAAGUAUAAUAAAACAAUUUUAUUAUUAGAUUCGGUUUUUGUGAUAUCCGGAAUAAUCAAGGUCUUGGUUAGUGUUAUCAGCCUCAGCCUUCAGCUUCGGCUGAUAACACUUACCUCGACCUUGAUUAUUCCGGAUAUCACAAAAACCUCAUCCAAUAAUUGUUUAUAGACUGUAAAUGAACUUACUUAUCUGGCUCAAAUUUCUCUGGGAAACAGAGAAAUGAGUUUGAAGUAGAAGAAAACCGGCUAGCCAAAUAAAUAAGCCUGUAUAUUUUUUUCUUAGCUACUUCCCUGUUGAAUGCAUCAUAUGUACAGUACCUGGUUUACAAAUAGUACAAUCCAAUAAGCACUGUGUUUAUUGUUAGCCAAAAUUCUGAAGCAUCAUUGUGUAAAACAGUCAAGUUUGCAGUGAUUUUGUUACCUCUGCAUCCUGCAUCCCUGAUGCAUAAAAAUCCUUGAAGAUGUGAAAUAAUUGAUUGAUCAAUUGAUCGAUCUGAAGGUGCUUUUGAAGAAUAUCCUGUGUGUGUGAUUUCGGUGGCUGUUAUCACUGAGUAUGACCCAAGUACUUCUUGAAGAUUUUUACCUAUAAAUUUGGAGAUUGCAUGUGCACAUCAAAUGAGGCACUGACAAUCAAGGGGGGCCCUAUUAAGUUCUUGAACAGUUUGAUACAGUCAGAUAGUGCAGGUAACCCAAAAUUAGCGUAUGCAGUACAUCUGGUUCUCUUCACUGACUCGAAGGAAAAGAAACUGUCAUUCUUAAUUAAUGGUGGUGUCAUGAGAGUUGGCCUUAUGAAUAAUGAUGCUGUCACAAGUGAGUGAGGGGAAAGGCGGGAGCCUAAUACAAUAACAUAACAUAGUUAAUAACAAACUAUUAUUUUGCCUCUAUUAUUCAAGGGACAUCCAAGAUUAGUCAAUGCAAUUGGAAAACUAUACACAACUCUGCUGAAGAGAGAAAUUGAUCCUUUGUCUGAGGUAAGCUCCAAACUGAUUUCAGUUGCAGUCAAACCUCCAUCCAUACAACCAUCUCUCAAUAAUUAAUCAAACACUUCUCAUGAGAGUCUUUAAGUAUCAUACUUGAAAUCUCUGAUAAGCAGUCACCACAUCUAGACAACUGUGACCACUUUCUUGAGAAAACAAUUUUCAUUGUUUAUGAGACCAGUUGGUACAUGGUCUGAUUUCUAAUGGUGUAAAUUAUAUAGUUCAAGGCCACAUUAGCUUUCUUGCACAACUUGGUUAUCACUGAUAAUAUUAUGAAGGAAAUCAGUUUGGUUACACUCAGGUGUGUCAUUAUCAGUUUUUAAAUAAAAUGAACUGAAUUGCCAUUUUAUUUUUCAGAUUUUGAUAACAGGAGGAGCUUAUGAGUCUCUGUUUUGUUCAUUUCAAGGCCUGAUAGAUCCUGGUGACGAGGUACGUAAGUGACAAGCACAAGUUAUAUUGUAAAAUCUGGUGCUAAAUAGAAUAAAAUGUAAUUAUUGUCAGCAUAACUCAACAGGGCAGGCAGUGGUAAUUAACAUACCCCCAAAAUGUGACCAAAAAACCCAACUUUCCAAGGACAUUUUUCUCAAUAAUACCCAAUGAGUAUACUUUCCUAGCAGAUUAAAACCACUGUAAAUUGUACCCUACAUUCAAGACCCUGGCCAACCCUGAAUCCUUUAACUAAUGAGAUUGAUGAUACAGUACAUGUAUUCUAUCUUGCCCUUGAGUCUUAAUGAUGAACUUUCCCUCCUCUGCUCUCUCAGUUUUUAAAAAUAAGCCCAGUAUCUCUGGCCAUUUGAUGAACUUACAUUUGGGCAUGCUUCAGAAUAUUUCUUCUUAAUGGCAACCUCUGCUGAACCACUCGAAGGCCUACACUGUACAGUACCAACCACUUGUAAUAGCCCUUAUACAUGUUUACAUCAGUCACAAAAAAUUUUCACCACCAAGUCAAUAUAUAAAUUUUUAAAGUUUUACUUAGCCUGAGAAAACAGUCAACAUUUUUCAAUGGUAGUGCGAAGGGGGUGGGGGGGGGGGGGUGGCUCACCACGGGUUUCCUUGGGAGUGGGACUCUGAGACACGAAUGUAGAAAUCUUUUUUAUGCAUGUGUCUACAUCUUCUCUCUACACCGCACCACCCCCCCACCAACGCCACAUCCCCCACACACAACACUCACCAACUUUUUCAAACACUAUAUAUAAUUUCUAAACACUAAAAAAAAACUCCCCACAAAAAAAAAAAUAUAAAAUUUUUUAAGUUGGUCGAGGGUGAGAAAAAGGGUAUUUUGGUUUGGGGGGGGGGGGGGGGGGGGGGGGGGGGGGGGGGGGGAGUUGCUCACCACUGGUUUCCUUAGGAAGUGACAUCUGAGAAACGAAUGUAGAAAUUCAGAAAUUAAUUCCAUACUGAUGAUCGAUGCAUCACUACCCAGAUCUGGGUAGUGCCUCUGAUUGGUUGUGCAGUCUGGGAAUUUUCCUUCAGCUAGUCAGAAGUGCUACUCAAAUCUUCAUCAGUAUGGAAUUUCUGCGCUCGUCUUUCAGAGACCCCCUGAAUUGUCCUUUUUGUUUUCGUUUUUAAGGCAAUGUCAAUUACUUCUACACUGAAGUUUAAUUAAUGUUAAUGGUUUCAACUUUGCCUCUUCAGGUUAUCAUCAUUGAGCCAUUUUUUGAUUGCUAUGUGCCACAAAUUGCAUUUGCUGGUGGAGUUCCAAAAUUUGUCACUCUUAAACCUGUAAGCCUACUUUGAAAGUAAUUUCAGUUAUGUAUAAUUAAUAAGUAUUUAUAACAAUUAUACUCUUUAUUAUUCAAACCACUUAGUCACUUGAACCUGGCAAAAGAAACGAUGUCAUGUGUAGCAUGUAUUAAAUCAUGUUGUGAUCAUGUGAAUACUCUGCCACAGUUACGACUAUACACAAAAGGGUAAAAUUGAAGAACAGCUCCCCAAAAAAUCUGUUGUAACCACAGUCUACCGACAGAUGACCGACGGUCAGCCAACAGAUGACCAACAGUGGGCUGACAAAUGACCAAAAGCUGUUCAUCAAUUUUACCCUAAAAGAAAAGAGUAUACCAUGCCAUACUGUACAGUUUGAUGUUUUUGUCAGUUUGCAAGGUUGUUUUUUCCACUGAGUUUUCUUAAAUGGUUUCUUGUUGUGAUUUUCUUCAUCAGAAAGAAAAUGCUACUUCCACAAAGGACUGGAUUUGGGAUAAGGAGGAACUAGAGUCGGCAUUUACUGAGAAGACUAGGGCAAUAGUAAUUAACACUCCACACAAUCCUAUUGGAAAGGUGAAGAUCCACAUUGUGUAUUCCUCUACAUACAUGAGGCAAAGUAGAUUUAUUAAUUGGCGUAAGAGUUAUUAAUCGGCGUAAGAGUUAUUAAUUGACAUAAGAGUUGCUUCAAUUGUAUUUGUUAAGUUAUUGGAAACUUCAUAAGUAGGUUGUCAGAGUAUGAUCGUCUGCUGCAACGCAGUCCUGAACAGGACUGAACAUUGUUGACAGUUACUGAUGUUUUGACAACCUGUGCAGUUAAGUCAUCUUCCGAGUCAAAGUGAGUUGUAUCACCUCAGUUGAUGGUAAUAAACUCUGGUUAUUGAUCUGAUUAGUCUUUGACUCUUAAGAGGACUACCACACAGGUUGUUGAAGCGUCAGUGACUGUCAACAUCCUAUUCAGGACUACGUUCACCCAGACGAUCAUACUCAACCUACUUAUGAAAUGACUCCUGAGUUCAAACCUUUCACUGUUUUAUUGAACUGUUUAAUAAAUCGUCUAGGUGCUCAGUAUGGAAGAGCUACAAUUCAUUGCAGAUUUGUGCAAAAAGUACAACGUGAUAUGUAUUAGCGAUGAAGUGUACGAGUGGCUUGUCUACAAUGGAAUGCAGCACAUUAGGAUUGGUAAGGAACUCGUACCUCUUAAACUUGGAAUCUAAUGAGUGGUAAUUCUGUCUUUCCUUCCAUCCAGUAAACUUGUACCCUGGGUUUUAUCUCUCUCUUUUUUUCGUCUUGGGGGAGAAGUCCCUGACAUAUAUUUGAGGACGAAACUGAGAGGUCCUGCAGUUUUUUUGCCAUGUACAGUAUAAAAAAAAACUCCUCCCUUCAUAAGCCGUGAGAUACAAGUCAUUGCAUUCCAAACAUUCACAUAUUUAGUGGAGUAUCAUGCUGUAUACUUAUCCCUUGCACUAAAAUAUUGAAUGCCUCGACUUGAGGAUUAACAUUUGUUUCUAAUGAAGCAAACCAUUUAUGAGCAGAGUAUAUGUACAGGUAUUAACAUCUAUUGGCAUUACAAAGUACAAAUUUUAAUUAUUUCUUAUCUGUCUUGUUUUAUUUCAUCACUAGCAACUUUACCUGGAAUGUGGGAGAGAACAGUAACAAUUGGCAGUGCUGGGAAGACAUUCAGUGUGACAGGGUGGAAGGUAAGGGAUUCAGCUCUACAGCAUUUUCCAGCUCAUACUGACAAAGCUAGACUACGAGUAGUCCCUCGUUUUUCAAUCAAGCGCCUCUCGUUUCGCUCUCUCUACUAUCCCUGAGGAAAAAUGAGGGACUACUUGUAGUCUAUGACAAAGCUAGCCAAAGAAAUAUGGUUCCACGAUGCGUCUUUUUCUCCAAAAAUUACUAGCACUUUAAACAGAUUAGUCCAAUAUAUCUGUUGUAUUUAAUUUUUUAUCUCAGUUAAUUUUUGUUUUGCCAUUGUUUUUGGGUGUGGUAAUGUACUGUGCUAAGUAAUAUGAAAGAAAGGAAAAAUUAAAAUGACCUGAAAUAAAAAAAUAAUUAACUGCAGCAUAUAUCCAUAAUAAGAAUUAAUUCAAAACAUAAAAUCAUAAUAGUUUUUGAAGAGAGUAAAUAAAUGAUAGAUGAUCAAUGAUGGUGGUGCAAGAUGAUAACUAUUGUAAACAGUUACUAUAAAAAUUAAUGACAAUAUUGAUAAUAAGGUACAUGUCGGUCGAGAAUCUUGUGUCUGCAUUUUUAAUAUUCAGUUCCCUGUCAAUACGCAUCAAAUAAGUCCCUACUUGUUCUCAUGGAUAUGUUGUAGUUAAUUUUUUUUUAUUUCAGUUAAUUUUUAUUUUUCCAUUGUUUUUGGGUAUGGUAAUGUAUGCUAAUGAAUUUAUAACAAAGGAAAAACAAAAUUAACUGCAAUAGAUUCAUCCUUAUGGUACAAAUGUGGAAAAAUACAGCUUAUGUUUAAAAUUUGAGACUGAAAAAUACAUUCAUUGUUGUUGUUGUUGUUGUUGUUGUCAGAUUGGUUGGUCCAUAGGUCCUAAAGAAUUAAUAAGGAAUUUACAAACAGUGCAAUCACAAGUGACAUACACCCUUCCCACGCCAACACAGGUACUUUAUUUUAUUAUUUUUUUUAUUUGAUACCAAAUUUAUUUUAACAUUAUUGUGAUAUUUUAAAAUGAUAUGCAAAGUUAUAUCUGCUUGGCACUUUCCUUUCAAGUGCAAAAUUCUUUUAACCUGUGACAUGUUACAUGUAUAAGUUGCAAGAGUGACCAAUUUUCUCCUGAUAAUAUGCAUACGUAAUCAAGAGAAGACAUAAUGAGAAUUAAUAAACAUGGUCACUUAACCCUUUAAGCCCCAAUAUCCACAUACAAAUUCUCCAAACUGUUCUCUGUAUAUUUCCUUAAAGAAUGAGUUGAGAGAAGUUGACAAAAGAUCAAAGAAUUUUCUCUUAGGUGAUCAUUUUAUUAAUUCUCAUAACCUAGUCUCAUGACAGAAAAAAUUGUGGGAUGGGAGAAAAUUGGUGUUGGUCACUAUUGGGACUUAAAGGGUUAAGGGAAAAUUCCUUGAUCUUUCUCAAUUCUCUCAGCUUAUUUUUUAACGAAAUGUAUGGGGAUCAGUGUGGAGGACUGAUUUGUAUGUGGAUACUGGGGAUUGAAUUAGUUCAAGACAGCGUAAAUGUAUCAACCUGAAAAUGUAAUGUGUGUCCCAUCCCCAUUUAAUCUAUUCUACUUCCUUUCUUUAAUUGUUAUAAAACUAAAUAAAUGAUUGUAAUUAUUUCAUUCUAUUCUUUUUAUCUUGUUUAUUUAAAGGAAGCCCUAGCACAAGCUUUUGAACAUGAGAUUCCUCUUGUUGGAACAGAAAAGUCAUAUUUUAAGGAACUUAGCAGUAUGCUGGAGAAAAAACGUGAUCUCAUGGCCAAACUCCUCACUGAUGUCGGCUUCAAGCCUACAAUUCCUGAGGGAGGCUAUUUUAUGAUGGCUGACACCUCUGACAUAGGUAAAGCAAGUUUGAUUGAUAAGCCUUUUCCUUGUACAAGAAUUAGAGUUGAUCUUUAAAGUAAUUUAAAAUAUAGACCUUUUUUUCGGCGUUGGAGUCAUUUGCCAAAAUUUAUCAUUUGCUUUAAUACAGUGGAACUGCAUUAAUAUAAACCACCACUGAAAAAUGACAGUUUUUAUUAAUACACUUCAUAUAAUCAUACUUUUUAAAUUAUUAUAUAUGGGUGUUCAUUAGGCAUCGAUCGGAGAUCGGAGAAUUCUCCAUUAACUACACAGAAUUCUCCGGCUAACGCUCAAUAGCCUAUGAUUAUUUUUUUCUCAGAUGUGGAGCCUCUUUCAAAAUGUUCUCCGGUAACAUUACACCUUUCUCCUGCUACUAGAAUUCUUAAUGAAAAUGCUGUAUACAUAAUAAUUGUAACAACUGCAUAAUUUCUCUGCUGAGUAAUGCAUAUACUGUACUAUCUCAGUGCUCAAUAUUUAAACACUUUAAAUGACUUUCAGUGGAAAACUCAGUCUAGUUUUUGCCUUUUUCACUAUUCAAUCAAUCUCACGAAGCAUUUUUUUUCUGAUGUGGAAAAGGUGUAACAAUAAUUAGGAUUACCAUCUUUGCGUGAAAAGCAGUGGCUUAAAAUUAUUAAGAAGGGCAUAAAGUUCAGUACAUUUGAUUUUGGCUGUCACAUCACAGUAGUGUGGCAAUGUAACAGGUCACCUUCCCAGAGCUAUUAGGGAGCUUAAGCAACCAUGACAGCCACAGCAGCGCAAACGUCACCUGGAAAGCAAGUUUGCGGUGUUUCAAAAUUUAUUAAUAAUACUUUUGUUCGAUUCAUACAAUUUGUUUAAUGUUGGGCUAUUCUGGAGUUGAUUCUAAUGGACUGUAUCUACAACAAAAAGAAGCGUGAUGCAUGCAACAGUGCAAAUUAAGUUGUUGUUUUUCUAAUCUCAAUCAAUAAAUGCUUUUUAGCCAUUCUUGUUGCCGUUGCCAUCGUCGUUGCUUAAGCCCCCUUUUAAGUCAACCUCUCCAUUAUGAUGUUGAAAGGUGGGAUAUAUCACUAAAACAAAAUAACCUUAUUAUUAUUUUCAUUCCCAUAAGUGAAAUCAUGCUAUUAAGUCAUAUUUAUUUAAUACAUGUUAAAUGUAGAUGUGAAUUUUGAUGAAUAUGACAAAAGUGAUGACCCUCAGGACUACAAAUUUGUACGCUGGCUGACCAAAGAAAAGGUAUUGAGUUUCCUGUUGCUCUUAACUUUCACACUGAUAAUAACAGCACUGUAUUGUUCUGGGCCAGUUAACAUAGUGAAUGUUAUAUGUUUAAUCCAAGGCCACACUCAAACCUUGAAUCAAAGGUGCCUGAUGUUGGUGUUGGUGUUUUUUAAGUGUUAACACUUACAAAAAAAACCAAACAAAACAAAAAACAAAAAAAGGUCAGGGAAAAAUUUGAGGAAUCAUAGAAUUUAAUUUUCAGUUUGACAUAGGGCUUUGUGAAGGUUAUCAAAUGGAUAAAGUGAAAAACAUUCAAUCUGAAUUUGCUUGAGUUUUAUUUCUCCAAAUCUUAGAAAACUUCCAGGUCUUGUAUGUAAAGAGUAUUAAGUCAAAAGAGGGCAACUCUGUUCUUGCAUGGGACCUUCAAUUCAUUGAAAGAACAGUUUCCCUUUUUAAUUUAAUAUCUUGUUUUACCAUGAUUUUGAGUCAUUUUGGAGAUGUGACGUCCAGAUGUGUUACUCAGAGUACAGUCGAACCGACUCCACAACGGCCAUGUAAGGGGGGCAGAAAAAAAGUGGCCGUUGUGGAAAGGUGGCCGUUAUGGGGAGGUUGGGGUGUUAUAUGACAAUUUUUUUAGGGAGUAGAGUCAACUCCACCUUUGGGACCAGCACUAAGUGUCCGUCUUAUAGAUAGUCAAAUAAAGGGAGUAAAGAAAAGCAGGGACCAACUCUUAAGUGUCCGUUUUACAGAGGUGUUGGUCUUAUAGAGGUGUCCGUUAAGAGAGAGUCGACUGUACAUGUUUUUUUGUGUUAAGUUCAUGCUUACUGUAUCCCAUAGUCUUGGUAAUCCAAUCAAUACUGUAUAGAGAUGAAAUACACAAGAAGCUUGAAUUAUGUCAUGAAUCAAAAUGCUAAUGUGACAAAACAAGCAAGGUUCGCAAUGUUGCAGCUGUAUAAAUGAAACAAAAUCAAAAUACAAUUGCUGCAAUUGAUCAUAAACGUGCCAUACAGAUCAAUUCGUGACCAUUCUUGACUCAGUCGCUCAAAAAACUGGCCAUUGUUGAGAGGUUAUUUUGGCAGUUGGGGACAUGCAUUAGUGGUUGUUGCUGUUGUAGAGAGGUGGCCAUUGUGGAGAGGUGGUCGUUAGCGGAGCUUCGACUGUAUGUAAUUAGUAAGGCUUUCAUUAAUAUCUUGGUAAACACUCAGUAACCAGUUUGAUGUCUCAAUUACUAGGGAAUUGCCGCUAUUCCCCCAAGUGCAUUUUAUUCUGCCCAGAAUAAACACUAUGGAGCCAAGUACAUUCGCUUUUGCUUUAUCAAGGUCAGUAUGCAAUAGUAUUCAGCCUCUUGAUCUGGUGGCACUAGUUUUGUCAUUAAAUAACAUUUUUGUGGUUGUGCUUUAUAUAACUGUUUUAAUGACCUAAAUAAACUCUGCCAAAAAAAACACUCUCUCCUGUGGCUCUUUAAGUUCCAUUGGUGAAUGAGUUUUGAACAUUUUGCCACUCAUUGAACAUUUUUGUCUACUGUGUAUGGAAAAUUGUGGAUUUGUUAAAUAAACUCUGAGUGUAAUAAGUAGUGGUACGGUCAAACCCCCCAUAAAACGACCACUAGGCUUUAAGCCAGACAUUGAAAACUGGCUGUCCAGAAUGCAUGUUUUUCCAUAAAAUUAUAACAGAUCUAUUAAGUGAAUUUCCUUGUACAUUGUAUUUCUUCCAAAAAUGGGUGUCCAUAGGACGGCUGGACACCCUUCCGGCUAAAACCUUGGCGACCACCCAAAAAUACAAGGAUUUUAGAGGUCGAUUGCAGAAGGUGGUCAUACGUGGAGGUUCAACUGUAUUUAGAUUCUUUAAUCACUUUGUAGGAGGACAGUACACUUGAAGCUGGUGCAAAGAAAUUGAAAGAGUGGAAAGAAGAACUUGAGAGCAAAAAAUGACAUUACACAGCUGGCAGCAGGGUUUGGUCACAGUAAUUUACAGUAAAGUCAAACUUGCCAUGAAUUACGAUUGGCUGCACAGCCAAAAUUUUAUUUAUUAAUUUUUUUAUUUUCAUCAUUAUUUCGAGUUAAGGGAAAUUUGGAAAUGUUUUAGGAAAAUUAAAUAAUAAAAAUAUUAUAUCUCUCAUUAAUGAGUUCAAGGUCCACACUGGACAUGUACAUUAAGGACCAA